AUGCCACAGCACAACCAAGUGAAUAAGACCUCUACUUUAAGGAACUGCGAACUCAACCCCAAACCUGCGACCUCGAACGUAUGCGACCCUGCAAUCCUGCGACCCUACGACCUUGAGGUUGGGGGGAAGGGGGGUAUUCAUGGUUCCCACAAGUUUGGCAACGAAUUAAGGUUCUGUUCCAGGCAAUUGCAUGCCCACAAGACAUUCCCGUUUGCCUGUUGGAUCCGUGCUGUAGUUGGGGUUGAAGGGAAUACUAUGUUGCGUUCCGUCAUCAAUUUAGUCCAAAUUGAAUCUAGAAGAUGA